ACACGAUCUCGUAUGACAUUUUUUCAAGGUCAUGCGAGUAUCGCACAAAUCGGUUCGAACCGUUUUGAGUGCGAGAAUUGCCAUUCGAGUUUUUGAUUACAGCGGUUACAGUAAUUACUGCGGUACCUAUUGAUUACGUAUAUAUUAUAUCAAAAUGACGCAAAAAUCAUUUAAAUUCGGAACUGCUGACAAUAUUAAGUUCAUUGAACUUUAUAGAAGUUACGAGUGUUUGUGGAAUACUGAACACGAACAUUACAAGAACCGAGAUGCGAGAAAUGCAGCACUUAAUGCAUUUGCAAGAGAAUUUGGAAGUGAAGAAUUUGGGCCGAAAGAAAUAUCAGGGAAAAUUAAAAAUAUUAGGAGCCAAUAUUUACAAGAAAAAAAAAAAGUUAGUUCAUCUUUGGGGACUGGAGCUGGAGCUGAAAACGUGUAUGUGCCUAAAUUACCCUGGUACAAUUCCUUAGACAGUUUUUUGAGAAAGUCUUCAGAAUUUCGCACUACAUUCUCAAAUUUGAUAGAUGAGUCUACCCCAAAUACACCAAACAGUCCAUUUAAUGUGUCAGUGGUAAAUAAUGACGAAACACAUACUUUCCAAAUUUUAGACUCCGUUAGCGAUAUAGUAGAUUUGACACCAAAGCCAACCCAAACUAAAAAGACAAAGACCAGAAAGUUGGACAUUGAUUCAGCCAUUGAUAGAUUAGAUGCUAUUGAUAAAAGAUCUAGGCAAUAUGAGGACGAUUUGGACAUGUUUGGGAAGUAUGUUGCAUCCAGCUUGCGCAAGCUUAAUGAAAAAAAUAUGAUAUUUGCUCAGGAUGAAAUCCAGGCAACACUCUCAAAGUUUAAACUCAAAAAUUUGAAAGAGACUACUCCAAUGCCGGAUUCCCCAUUUUCAAGACCUGAUAGCGAUCUACAGUGGUGGAAUGCAAGCGUGCACGAUGACACUGCAACGGUUACAUAAAAUAAUGAUUUUAUUUAUAUUUUUAAUUAUCUUUAUGUUAUUUUGAUUGGUAAUUAGUAAGUGAAUUAUCCUAUUAUCUUUUAUUUUUGAAUAAUCUA